ACUCAGGCUUCCCAGGAACUACAACUCCCAGAGUGCUUCGCUUUCUCCCAGCUGCCGCUGCCGAGGCCAAGAUGGCGACGAAAUUCACCACCUUCCUCAAGAAUGCCUGGGCCAAGGAGCCGGUGCUGGUCGCGUCCUUCACCAUCGCUGGCCUCGCUAUCACCCUGCCCCUGUGCAGCCCCUACAUGAAGUACGCCAGCAUGAUCAACCAGGCCACGCCCUACAGCUACCCAGUGCCCCUCCGGGACGACGGGAACAUGCCGGACGUGCCGAGCCACCCUCAGGACCCGCAGGGCCCCAGCCUGGAGUGGCUGAAGAAACUGUGAAUGCCCGCCCGUGCGGUGGCCCAAUAAAGACCUGGAAACCA